GGAUCUCUCGGUUCUGUAUGAAGAGCGAGCUUGGGAAACUCCGAUGGAAGCCGAAGCGCCGGGAAACGGCACCGGCGACGCCAAGGCAAUGGGGAAGAAAGGCGUGCCCGAGUGGCUCAACAGCUCGCUCUGGGCGUCCUCAUCCUCGCCCCCCGCCUCUGCCUCCACUACCGCCGCUGCUCGUUUGCCCCGCUCGCCGCCCUCUCCCAAGAUCGUAGCCCCCGCGCGGGCUCCGAUCCCCAAGCCUCCACCGCCCCCUCGGCCGCCUCAGCCUCCGUCGGAGGCCCCGAGGCCCUCGGUCGAUGCUCCGCCAGAUGAUCGGAGCCCCUCGCGGUUGUCGCAGGAGGAGGUCUCCCGCCAGUUCCAGCUCUUAGCCGAAUUGUCGAAGAAGGUGGUAAAUAUUGGAGAACUGCGGAGAUUGGCCUCGCAGGGCAUCCCUGAUGGCACUGGAAUCCGGUCGAUAGUGUGGAAGCUUCUACUAGGUUAUUUGCCAUAUGAACGUGAGUUCUGGAUGCAAGAACUGGCCAAGAAGCGGUCUCAGUACAAGGCUUUUAAGGAGGAGUUUUUAAUGAACCCUAUUGCUUUUGCUAGUCAGUCGGAAAUGGCACGAAGGUUGGAAGAAUCUGUUGGCCAUAAAAAUGAAGCAUUGGAAACUGGAGGUCGUGGCUUCCUGAUGAGAUCUGAAAUAACUCAUGAUGAGCACCCUUUGAGCCUUGGGAAGACCAGUGUCUGGAAUCAGUUCUUUCAGGAGACAGAGAUCAUUGAACAGAUUGAACGAGAUGUAAAGCGCACUCAUCCUGACAUGCAAUUUUUCUGUGGGGAUUCAUCCCUUGCGAAGUCUAAUCAGGAGGCCCUGAGGCACAUACUCAUUAUCUUUGCAAAGUUGAAUCCAGGCAUAAGAUAUGUACAAGGGAUGAACGAAAUAUUAGCACCUCUUUUCUACGUGUUGAGAAAUGAUCCAGAUCAAAAUAACGCCGUGUAUGCUGAAGCAGAUGCUUUCUUUUGUUUUGUUGAGUUAUUGAGUGGAUUUAGAGACAAUUUCUGUCAAAAGCUUGAUAAUAGUGUAGUUGGCAUUCGUUAUACAAUCAGUAAACUAUCAGAGCUACUAAAGAAACAUGAUGGGGAGCUUUGGCGUCAUUUAGAGAUUACAACAAAACUUGGGGACCUCGGAACUCAUUUGUUGGUAGUACGCACAUUUGAGGAAGGUUAAUUUGUAUUCUUGGAAAAUCAGGGAAGUGUGGUCAUCUCAGUUUACUGCUGGUUUUUUAUGAAUUUUUUUUUCAUUGAAUAAUUUCCCCUUAGAUGAGGAUGCAAUUUUGUGACUUCUGCCGGAUAGUAUCAAUAUGGAUUGUGUUACCCUCAAAUCAUACUGUUAGUGGCCCUUUGGAAAGACAGAUUAAUUAACAACAAUUAUCAUGCCAAAUUCUUUUUCCAGUUGUCUUUUAUGCUUAUGCUUGAAGCAAUUUGUCUUGAUAUAUGGUAUAGUAUGGAAAAUCAUGUUGCAUUUGCAGUUAGACAUGCUUGAUUCUGAGAUUGUUUUCCUGAUCACUAUUAAGAAUAUCAUACUGACAACCCAAGCAUCAUCAUCAUGAGGAGUUUUGUGCUGUGCUGAGAGUUUGCCACUGCCCCCUUGAUAACUAGCACUAAUUUGCACACGAAAUGCUCGAUGGUAUGCACAUGUCUGCCCAAGGACCAGUAUACUACCUACCAGUACAUGAAAUUAGAUUCUUUCUGUUAAAUGCUUUGCAUAAGUAGUUUUCUAGUUUAACUUUUUGGAGACUAUUGUCGUUUCCUGCUAGUAUGACUUAAAUGUCUGUCUGCCUUGGUUUCUUAAGUGGUUUUCUAGUUUAAAUUUUUUGGAGACUAGCGUUGUUUCCUGCUAAUAUGACUUUAAAGGUAUGCAUUGGUUUCUUAAGAAGUUGUCGAAACACAAAGGUAUCUAACUGGUGGCAAUGAAUUUUUUUUCUUUUU